AUGAAGCUACUUGGAUGGUGGUUGAUGCUGGUGGGUUUACUUCGUUUAGCAUCAGUAUGGUUCGGAUUCUUCAACAUUUGGGCUCUUCGCAUUGCCGUUUUCUCCCAAACCACAAUGACUGAAGUUCAUGGACGGACAUUUGGAGUUUGGACAUUGUUGACUUGUACUCUAUGCUUUCUCUGUGCAUUCAACCUUGACAACAAGCCUCUGUAUUUGGCAACGUUUUUAUCCUUCAUAUAUGCUUUUGGCCAUUUCUUGACUGAGUACCUCAUUUACCACACUAUGGCUAUUGGAAAUCUGACAACUGUUGGCAUUUUUGCAGGCACAUCCAUAGUAUGGAUGUUGUGGCAGUGGAAUGCACAUCGACCACUCAAGAGUAAACAUUUGCAAUAG